GUUUCUUUCGGUCGCGGUCGAUCGUCGUGGGUAAAAUUUUGUAGUGACUGCUCCGUAAGCAGUGAGAUUGUGCGAAAAACUCUAAAAAGUCAGUGCAAAUUGUGUUGAAAAGCGCGAAAUCUUAUUCAGGUCGAUAGUACUGGUGUUCCAAAGGUUGAAGUGAGUGAAAAUUGCCGGUUAAAAUUGUGCAUAAUAGCAGAGUAUUGCUUCAAACUUCGUUUCGCUAGCCGAUCAAAAGUAUGCAAAACGUGGAACUCGUAGAGCGAAGGCUUCGGCCCAUCUUUGAAUCAAUUGAGAUUGGAAACUAUAAGAAGGCUCUGCAAGAUGUGGAGAAGGUGCUGAGAAAGAAUCCAACCAUUCAGUGCGGACGAGCGUUAAAGGCUUGGGCCUACAUCAGGCUGGGACGAGAUGAGGAAAGUGCCAUCCUUAUCCAGGCUCUGGAGCAGGAAACCCCGACAGAAUCUACGACGUUGCAUGUGAUGACGCUCUGCUACAAAGAGACGGAUCAGCUGGACAAAAUAUGCCACAUGUUCACCAGUGCCUCAAAACAACAGCCAGGCAACGAGGAACUGUUGUCGCAACUUUUCAUUGCCCAUAUGAGAGUCAACGACUUCAAGGCACAGCAAACGGUUGCCUUGCAGCUGUACAAGCUGAAACCACGUAAUCCGUUUUACUUCUGGGCAGUUACAAGCGUUUUUCUGCAGGCUUUGCGCGGUCCCGAUGCCAAGGACCAACAAAAGUCCAGUUUGCUUCUUUCGCUAGCCCAGCGAAUGGUUGACAAACUGAUCGGGGAGAAUAAGCUGGAAGCAUCGCAGGAAGUUCAGUUAUAUCUGCAAAUUUUGCAACACCAGGAGAAGUAUGAUGAUAUGUUGACCUUUUUGGAUGGACCCGUAUGCACUAAGAUGUACCCUGGGGCGCCUCACUCGAUCAGAAUCGAGUUGUUGCAGAAGCUGAAAAAAUGGGCAGAUUUAAACAAACUGAUGAAACAGUUGCUCACAGAGGACUCGGACAGAUGGGAUUAUUACCAGGACUACAUUCAAUCAACCAUGGAAAUGAUAAAAAAUAAGGACGAGACACCGGAAACGGAUCAUACAGUUGACAUGUGUCAUGAGUUCAUAGCCGGGAUCAUCGAAUCACAACCACGAAAAAACCGGGGUCCUUAUUUGGCGCGGCUUGAAUUGACACGGCUGAUGGUGGAGCACAAUUUUGACAAAGAGCAACAAUUUGGCGAGUUAACGGAUCUUCUGUUGGAUUAUUUCCGCAUGUUUGGCGACAAGACCUGUUGCGCAAAUGAUCUAAAACUGUUUUUGGAGUACGUUGAACCAGCGAAAAGACCCGGUUUUGCCGCUCAGCUUAUGCAGGAGUGCCGAAUCAAUCCGGUCACAUUGCCAAGCAGUAAAGAGCAUAUGCAACGGCAUAUUUGCUCACUGCAGAUAGCACGAUUCUGCGGAGCUCAUGCCGCUUUAAGCGAGGAGCAUUUGUCGGCUCUUUAUACCGCUUUGAGUUUGCACUACGAGCAUGGCUACAACACGUUCGGGCAAGGACUCCUUCCGACGGAUAUGGGUCCUUCGGAUCCCUAUGCUUUAUUAGCAGUGAACAUCAUGUACGAUCGUGCCUGGAAGUUGCAGCGAUCGGAGCCACUGGUGGAAGCACUCUGUCUGUUGAACCACCUGCUCUCAAACAGCAUCAACAACUUCCACGGAAAACUGCUGAAUCUGCAGCUUUACCAUCGAUUGGGUUUAGUAGAGGCAGCCCACCGAGCGUACGAAUCACUUGACAUUAAGCACAUCCAGCUGGACUCGCUCGGUUAUCUGCACUGUAGCCACCUGUGCAAUGGGGGCUUUCCCGCUUUGGCCAAGCAAAUCUUCGACCAGACGCUCAACUUCUUCAUCAAUGAUCACCAGAAUAGCGUUGAGUUUCUCAAAAUGUCCUACAACUUUGGUUCCUUUUCGAAGUUGAUCGAGUUCCUGGACUUCAGGGAUCGACUCUCGAAUAGUUUGCAUUUUACGCUUAUCUCGGUUGAGGCCUUACUACUGGAGAUGGUUUGCUUCAGUGGAACGCUAGUGCAGAAUCUGGCUGCCUAUCGGUUGAUGCGAAUAAAACCGCAGGAGGACCGAAUCAAGUGGGACGAAAUGAGUGACAAUCGUGAUUUGACGAUAUUUGUGCACUGGGACCCGGUGGUGGAUUACUCCAAGGUGCUUCCGCCAGAAGGCGCAGAGUCCGUACUGAAAAAUAACGAAAACUAUGCCAUCGUGCUGGAGGCAAAGACCGUUGAACAACUGCGUGAAGAAUGCCAGAAGGAGAGUUUCGCGCAGGAACUGGAACUGCUCCAAAUACGCUCGGGUUUGUUGAGGCUGGUUUCCUCAUUUAUCGAGCUGUUUACCAAGGGAGGUGACGAAGAAUACCAAACUGCGGUAGAUUUGAGUCGCCACUGGGAUGAGCUCUUCGUGAAAGUGCGAUCCGAAAACCGAUUUCCUGCAUGCAAAAGAUUUCUAGUCAAUUUAUUACCAUCUCGUUUGCAUACGGUGCUGGCAAUGCCAUACGAAGAGACACUCCGAGAUAUGGCCCGAUUUUUGCUGGCAUUGUGGAAAGGCGAAAAGCACGAUCUAAUACGAUCAGGUGCGGAGGCAUGCGUACAACACGUUAACAAACUGUUCGCGCUGAUAGCGAGCUCGAUCAAGACUUACAACAGCUCCGAUGAUUUGCUGUGGAAUCGAAAGGAGGUUCACGAAACGGUCAAUGCAUGUAUUGAGAUUGCAUCGCUCGUUCUGCUCGUAAUGACAAUGUGUUACGAUAAAUACUCACAGGCACCUGCUCCUCAGCCAACGAGGAAGGGCAAAAAGAAGGAUUCGGAGCAGAACAACCACGAAGGCGCAGUGGUUCUGAUGACGGACAAGAAUCGACUGCAGCUGUUGGUGGAUGUGCUGCGGACUCUCAAAACAAAUCUGGUUGAGUGUGAAGCCGUACUCUCAUCCUGGGAACUACCACUGCUUUCGAACUCAUUAGCGGCCGCCCUCGAACAGAUGUCGCUCGAUGCCAAGAGCGAGAGUGCCGUUCGAUUGAAACUGAUGGACAGUCACAUAGGUGAGAUUAAAGAACUGAAAAAGUUAUUAAAAGACAAACUAAAGUUGAUCAAUAAAUCGAUUUAAUGAUUUAGUACUGUACAGUAGACUAUCGCUUUCAAAUCAGAAGACCAGUUUCGAGGUCAGUCACAAUCCAUUUAAAAAGUACUAUAAGUAAGGCCAUGCGAAGCCACCGGGAAUGUUAACUGUUUUGAUUUUCGAAAUGAUUGAUUGGUAGGUAAACUAAAAUAUUCAAUUUUGAAUCGCAAAGAAGGCGUCCUCGUCAUAACAAAUUCAUCCCAAAUGCUUUCACUGAACGCAACCAACAUCUGUCAUUAACGUCGGAAUGGUUUUGGUAGAGGAACUUAAAAUCGGAGCAUAUCAACUUUUGACAUGGUUGGACCGAAGUUGGCUUAUGAGUACAGAACCACACAUUUGCGCAUUUUUUUCCUGUUUCUCGUCCGAUCUAUUUAUUUGUAUCUGAACAUUAUUUUAUCACAAAAUCACGCGAAUCGGCAUUGUUAAAAGAUUGCUGUUGGAUUUAUAUUCUUGAGGCACAGAAUAGCUAUGUUUUGAAUCAAUGAACAUCAUCAUUUUCCGAAAGCAAAGAGAGCAUGUAGCAAUCAAAACUUAAUGUUGGAGGUUUGAAAAUGCAAUACGUCCGUUUAAUUUUGAUUUUGGUCUUACCCUCUGUGGUCCAGUGAUCUUUGCUGUUGCAGGUGCCAGAACCAGUAAAGAAAGGAGAGCAAAGAUGAAAUCAGUUGCAUCAUUACGAUCUGCACAUUUACUAUUGUAAACAGUUAGUUUUAUUAAGUUGAACUAUUUCUAAGAAACGAAGUCCAUUAUGUGAGAAAAGAAUGAAGUUGCGACCGCGAUUGAAAAAAAAAACUUGCCCUCUGAUAAUGUGUA